ACCAGCGAAUAGCAGUAAACAAGCAACAUGAAUGAUUUUCAAGGGACAUCGGGUGAAAAUGCAGAGGCUUCAUCUAGCGGCUCCAGUAUAUAUAGAGACGCUCUAGCUGUCCUCUCGAGCUCGAAUGAAGAAUUUGAGUCGACCACGUCCGUGCCUGAUUCUGCUCUGGAGGAAAACAGGAUGUUAGCAGAGGCACGAAGAAUGUCCUCCAUUUUGUUCAAAAGCCCGUUGGAUGAAAAGCGGAUUUUACAGGCCAAAAAGAUGAGCCAAACGGCUAUUCAAAAUGCCUUCUCAGCGGCUGCCGAGAAGGGCAGGAAUGAUGAAACAAUGGCCCAGACGAGCAGUGCUUCCAUCCCUGCUGUCAACAUGAUCCUGUCAAGGACAAUGGAGAUGGAGGCCAGGAAGAUGUCAACUACAUCUAUACGAAAUGCAUUUUCUAUGGCAGCAACUGAAAACCGAUUUGCAACAGUUGCUGAGCCCAGACGAGGUGUUUUCUCCCGAAUCCUUAACUUCUUUAGAUGCACUUCUUGCUGCGGCAGGAGAAAUUAAUGACUUAUUAAUUAGUCAUUAA